AUGCCAUCCAGCCCUGUACCAACAGAUCCGGCCUGGCCACCAGGAACGGUCCGGAUAGAAGGCACACCAGGAGAUUCGGAGGUCGUUCUCCAUCCGAAGCCUACACAAGAUCCCAAUGAUCCGUUGAACUGGCCAUUAUGGCGCAAGAAUUUGAACUUCGCACUUGUAUCUUACUACGUCGUGAUGGUUCUCGCGCUCAUCGACGUCGCAACAGUGACCUGGGGCCCACUCAAUUUAGAGCUAGGAUUCAGCUACGCCUUGUUGACUGAUAGUUAUGCUGCAGGCUGUGGAUCUCUCUGCAUUGGAGGUCUCUUCUUAGUCCCCUUCGCCCUGAAAUACGGCCGCCGACCCAUCUAUGUCUUCAGCACCGCCAUACAAUGUGGAAUCAGCGUGUGGUCUGCGAAAAUGCAGACAGUCACCGACCUAAUGCUGGUCAACGUGCUGAGCUGCAUCGUCGGAGCCCUAGCAGAAGUUCUGGUACAAAUGACUGUUGCAGACGUCUACUUUGUGCACCAACGUGGUCUCACCAAUACAAUCUACUUCUGGUUCAUGACCAUCGGAGUGACCUUGGCACCUUUGGCUGGCGGCUUCAUCACACAAUCUCAGGGAUGGCGUUGGGUCUGGUGGUGGAUGGCGAUACUGUUCGGUGCAGGGCUUGUCGUGUUCAUCUUUCUAUACGAGGAGACCAUGUUUGAUGCGUCCCCAAUCAAUGGUGUUCCCGUCGCCGAUAAGCUGGACUCAAAUCCACCCAACAAAGAGGAUCUCGAAAUGUCUGCGCUUGAUAAUUCGGACAUCAAGACACCGGAAGAGACCCAGCUAGCAAGGGAAUUACCCCUUGAUCAUUCGAUCCCCGCAAAAACAUACUGGCAGAAGCUCGCGCUGUGGACGAACUCCCCUGUCCCCUUUUCAGAGGUAGCGAAACACUGCUACCAGCCUUUUCUAAUCCUCUUCCGAAUCCCAGGCGUCUUCUUCAUGGCCCUGGUGUAUGGCGUCAUGACAGCCUGCACAACCGUACCAGUGACAACACUCUCAUCAGUAAUGACAUUGCCACCCUACAACUUCGGCGCGUCCCAAAUCGGAUUAAUGGGAGUGCCCCCAUUCAUCGGGACAACACUGGGAGCCGUGAUCUGUGGACCGCUGAGUGAUUUGAUAGCCCUUUCACUUGCGAAACGAAACAACGGCAUUUUCGAGCCUGAGAUGCGACUCUGGCUGGCGAUUGCUUUUACGCCUUUGGUUCCGGCUGGUCUUUUCAUGUUUGGUAUUGGUUUGAAUAAUGGUACGCAUUGGCUUUUGCCUGCGUUUGGACUAGGUGUUAGCUCUGUGGGAGUUGUUCCUGCAAGUAGCGCUGCAUUGACUUACCUGACUGAUUCUUAUACGGAUAUCAUUGCCGAUUCGGUCGUGGGAGUCACGUUCAUUCGAAAUCUGAUCUCUACGAUUUUCAUAUUUGCCCUUCAACCGUGGUGUGAUAGUGUGGGACUCGCAUGGUUCUAUGUCACGUUUGGGUUGAUCUCCACCGUUGUUCUUUUGGGGAAUUUGAUCUUCAUUUACUAUGGGAAAACUCUCCGGGCAAAGCUAGCGGACACCUAUCAUCACUAUAGCCAGAAGCAGUUGAUAUCUCGGCCGACCUAA